GCUUCUGUAAUUAAGAUGAAAGUUCCAAGGUAACAAUGCCCAAACACAGCACCAUUUUCACCAUUUUCUGAUAAUGCAGGAGGAGUAGGAUGGCUACAAGUGAAAGAAGAAUCUACUCUAUGGAAAGCAUGGCACCUGAAAUUUCUGAAGAUAUUGGCUGUCUGUCUUCUAGCUUAUAUGAAAGAGAGUGUGUUUUACUAAUCAGCCAGUCAUUUUUUUCUUGUGUGGCUGAAAUGUACAUUCCAGACAUGAACAGGCAUAAAGAAUGGACAGCUGUACUUCAUCCCAUAGGCCUGGUAAGGCAGAACGGAGAGCCGAGAAGGGCCUGAGGCCUCCCAGGGAGCUGGCUGGGGAGACCAGAAGGCUGCAAAGCUGGCCAACGCUUGCCAGGUGGCUGCGGAGAGUCAGCUUCAGUCUCUACAAGCCGUCCAUCCAGGCAGCUCCUGAACCAGAUCCAGGCAACUGGGCCAAGUCCCCAAGGCUGUCUCUGGGACCAGAAGGUAUAACCAAAGGGAAGCAUGGAUUUAAAUUCCAGGGCAUAAAAGAAAAGUUCAAUGUAUCUAAGAAGGUGCUGAAAAUGACUUUUUUGUAAAUGUCUAAAGGACACUGUCUUAUACCAAACCAUAUACAAUAAAAUUUUAAAUGAGCCUGAGUUCUGUUUCCAUCCGUGCCCUGUGGAGCACAUGUGACAUCAAAGGCAGCUCUGUAGGGUGCAGGGAGGAAGGAGUGUGCUUUUAUUUCUCCUUUUGGCACAAAUCCAUCAAACUAUUUUUGAUGGCUGGGAAACAAAACUUACAUUCCCUCUAAAUUCAUUGCAUUUGCCAGAUCCACCUUUGUUUUUCUACAGUGAUGGUUUCUACUUCUUCAAUCUUUGCAUUCCUCUUACUUUGAGGCUUUAUUUAGCAGGAAAAAGGCAAGAAUGAUGCUAGAUUUCAAGGGAAGCCUUAAAUAGCCCAGUUCAUUAAGCAGUCCCCUCUGCAACUUACCAUUUCUUCUCCCCAACCCCCAAUUUAAAACAGUUGUUUGUAAGACUUUUAAACAUGAACCAUCCCUCUCAUAGGAGUCUUAUGAUGUGAAAAGGAGCUGCUGGUUUCAUUUCAAUGUGGUGGGAACCCUUGGUGAUAAGCAAAUAUAGCUUCAACCUAAUGCAUGUGCACAGUGGCUGUGUGUGUGUGUGUGUAUGCAUGGUGUGUGUGUAUGCAUGGUGCAUGUGUGUGUAUGUGUGUGCCUGUGAGCCUCUAGAGAUUCUGGAAUUCCAUUCAUCAUAAGAAUUAGAGAUGUCAGCAUUGCUUUCAGCACAGGACUGUUCCUUACGGCUUUUGAGAUGUUUCCUUCAUGAUCUGUCUUUGUGCUGCCUUGCCCCACCACCCCUCAACACUGCACUUCAGUGAAGACUGAUGCAGACGGUGCUGUUUCUAUUUCUUUUUCUUUUUUAGAGAUGUGGUCUUGCUCUGCUUCACAGGCUGGAGUACAGUCC